GGCUCCGUAUGUGUUGGGUGUUCCGACCUAGCGGGGACACUUCCAGAAACCGCUCCGUCUCCGACACAACCCGCGAGCAACAGCAGAGCAGCAGCAGAGCCGAAGCAACCAGAGUGUUCGCCAUUGUCCCGCUCCCUCUCUCUCCGAUCAGCGCGAGCAUCCAAGAGAAAUCGCCGCCGAUGCCUCCUCCAACGCCACCUCAGACCGUGUACCUGCGCCGGUCUGAUACUUCGCCGCCCGACGCCGCCUCCGACGAGGAGGCCGCGGUGGCGAUCGUCGAGGUGGAGGGGGGCGACGGGGUGGACCUCGCGCAGGUGGGCCGCGCGCUGGGGCUGAACCCGGCCACCGUCCGCCUCAACGGCUACUUCCUUAGCCGCGGCUCCGGCCACGUCUCCCUGUCCGUCACCUGGGGCGCGCUCCUCGCCUUCUUCGACGCGCGCGGGCUGCCCACUGGCGACGACCCCGCCGCGCCCGUCGCCGUUCACGGCAGGCCCGCACCUUCGCACCCGCUAACAGAGCCUGGAGCUAUCCGGUCCUCAAAGCGAAAGUCCAGGUUGGAGAUCGAAAAUUGUUCCAAGAAGAGCAAACUCCAACAUCACAGCGAAGCUCUGUCUAAAUGUAGCGAAGAGAUACUUAGUGAUGAUAUCACCCUUGGUUUGAAGAGAAGACUCAGAUUGGAUGAGGCUACUCCAUCUAAGAAGAUUAAACAAGUUGACUACAACUCAGUGAAUGGAGCAGGAAGGGAGCAGCCAGUCAAGUUCUCUUGCAGCUUCAUCAAUGGGCACAGCAAGCGGCUGUCGGAUAAGGAGAUGGUCACGUCACUCCCGUUGAAGAGAGUCCGGACAGCCAUGUAGUUUGGUCCGCAUCAGGUUUGUAUUGAGUGCUAAUUGCAACAGUUGUAGAAUUGAGUAUUCCUCGUGUACAUCCUUGUGUUUGAUAUGAUGCCAAAAAAGAUCUGUAAAUGUGCUUUAUGUGAACAUAAUAAUGGCUGGUCUAAGAUGGUGUACAUUUGUCUGUAAAGGCUAAACCUGCAGCACUGUUAAAUCUGUCACCAGUGCAUUUGCUG